AUGGCCUCGCAGCCCAGGCUGGCCCACGUCCUGCUGCUGGGCCUCGUGGCAGGCUGGCUGAGGGCUGCACAGCCCCGCGACUUCACCGUGAAGGACAUCGUCUACCUCCACCCCUCCACCACGCCAUUUCCUCACGGAUUUAAAUGUUUCACCUGCGAAAGGGCAGCAGAUAAUUACGAAUGCAACCGCUGGGCUCCGGAUGUCUAUUGUCCUAGAGGCACGAGGUACUGCUUCAGCCAACACAUGAUGAGAGUUACUGGAGAGAGUGUGUCUGUCACCAAGCGCUGCGUGCCCCUGGAGGACUGUCUGUCUACUGGAUGCACAUAUGUAAAGCACGAGGAGUACAAGAUCUGCACAUCCUGCUGCGAAGGCACCAUCUGCAACCUGCCGCUGCCCAGGAAUGCCAGUGAUGCUGUGUUCACCACCCUGUCCCCUCUCAGCAGCACCCCAGGGCUGUCAGGUCGCGCCGUGCUGACAGCAGUGUGUCUCCUGCUGGGGCUCAUGGCAUAGACCAGCAUCGGGCCACACACGUCUGCUCAGGACCCACACUUCAGAACUGUAUCUGAAAAAUGACUCUUGUUAACUGGUGAUACUGGAGAUGGAUUCAAAGAGGACUAAAACCCACUUUUUGUUGUUGUUGUUGCUGGUUUUGGAAGAAAUUUGUGCAAGAUGUGCCUAGAUUUCAGGCUUAGACUUAUUCUCUAUCUCAUCUCCAUGAUUUUUCUUGUUUAGAAGUACCAAAUCCCUGCCACCUCCUUUUACCAUCACUCACUCAUUCAGAAUGUUCCCGUUGGCAUCGUUCGUUGUUAACAUCAUUUGUCACAGCAGUCACCCCAGUGUCCUGCUUGCCUGGUCUGGGAAAACACAUUGAAUAACACACAGGAUAAGCAACAAAGACAAGUUGGAUAUUAGGAAACAUUUCUUUCCCAAAAGCAC